CCGAGACUGGGGAUUCUGCUAUCAUUGAGCUUCGCAUAGCAAGACCCCGAACCGACCGCAGCGUCAAUCAAAAUGGGACCUGCACCAUCCCUGACUGCUAUGAACGAGAGGCUCGAAGAACCAGAUCAAGAAAAUGCAGCUUUCGCUAACGCAGAAGCGGAACUGAAUCACCACAUAGGACUCCUAAUUUGCUACCGGAUGAUCCGCCUCUCUGCAAUCAGACACUGGACUCGAUGGAAGAAAUACCAGGACCUAGCACCGCACGAGUAUGUGGAAUACUACCCCAUUCGUCAAGAACUGGACCUUGGUGAAGCCUUCAUAGAUCCCGAGACAGGUGCAGGGCUUUCUACAACCGACCAGGAUAACGAGCAACUUGAACCGAAGAGAAAGCUAUAUUUCAUCUCACACCGCUGGCUGGACCCUGUGCAUCCAGACCCAGAAGGGUCGCAAUUAACUCGAAUCCAGCAACUGCCUCCUCGCCGACCCCUUGCUUAUAAUGCAUCAUCUGCAAGUAAUUCCGGCAGUUCCUCUAGCAUGACAAACGAUGACCCUGCAUCCGAAGUUCUGCUAUUCUACGACUUCUCCUCCCUUCCCCAAGAGCCUCGCACACAAGACGAGAGCGAGACCUUCAAACUAGGAAUCAUGGGCCUCAACGAUAUCCUCUCGUACAUGCGGGUCGUCAUUCUAGACGAUCAAGAAUACAUGUCUCGAAGCUGGUGUUUGAUGGAAUACUUUAUCAGCUCUUUCAAAGGAAGUUUGAUCCUAGACGAGAACCGCAAUGAGGGAUUGCACCAGUUACAGCAGCUUGCUGUAGUUCCGAACCAGGGAGUUGGUCUGGCCAAGUCAGCUAUAGCCGAAGCUGAAGCUAUCAGGGGAUCAAAAAUGGGAGAAAUUGCAAUGACGUUCUUUGCUGAGAGCUUCAAAAGCAGUUCUGUCACCAAGGGGACAGAUCGUCAGGCAAUUGAGGAUGUUUUUCGGAGUUUUAUUCGGGAUAAUAUUCGGGUCUGGAGACAUGAGCCGCACGUGGGAUGGAAGCCCGCCUGGUUGCAGGAUGACCAGGUCGAUCAGAUCUUGAGAGGUGAACGCAUGCGUUUGAUUGAUUUACCGGAUACAGGAAUGCCGGUGUUCAGGAUGCCGAGGGAGAUUGAUAGCGUUGUUCCUCAAUGUGCGUAUGAUGAUGAGCGCGAGGCAUUGGAGCCAUUUUGGGGGCGGGUUCUCAGUCUCAGGGGAAGUAAUGCAUUAGCCCGGUACUUUUUAUUAAAUGACCCGGUGGCCCAAAAGGAAUGGGAUAUGGUGAAGAAAGUGAACAUUUAG